AUGGCUACUAAAAAGAGAAAAGUUGACACAAGAUACCAAAAUUAUUACAAAGUAAGUCCAGCUUUAAAAAGUAAAAAAUUGAAAAAUCACAAUCUUUACAAAUUUGAUAGUUCUUUUCGUUCAAAAAAACCAGUGCCAAUGCAAGGAACUUAUAAGGACGAAAAUCCAGUAUCAUCCUCUUCAUCAUCAUCAUUAUCAUCAUCAUCAAUUUCAAAUCCUUCUGUUUCAAAAAUCAUUGAUAAUUUAUUGACUAAUAAAGUGAAACCAUUAACAAUAAAUGUUACAAAAAAUUCAAAUUAUUCAAUCUUAAAUAAUUUUAUUUAUAUUAGUUUGAAUUUAUUACUUCAUCAAUUUAUAAAUCCAAACUUUAAUAUGAUUGUUAAUAAUACACCAAAACAUAAAAAAUCCAAAUUAAGUUAUAUGAUAAUGAUUGCAAUAAUAACCAUUAAAAAAAUUCAUAAUCUACAAUUAUGUUUUAAAUCUAUUCAUUAUUUUAAUAGAAAAAUUUUAGGUUCAAAAUCUUGUACUUCAGAAUUAGGACAUUUAGGUAAAUCUUUAGAUACUGAAUUAAUUUUCUCAUCUAUGGAACACAUUGGUUGGUGCUCGUUUCAAAUUCCAGGUUAUAAAUUAGAAUUACCUUUAAUUCUCGGGACUGAAUCAAAAGAUGUAAUAAAUAAAGGUAUUAUUCCAAAUCAUUAUUUAACAUCAAAAUUAAUUGAACAAGUUAAAAAAUUGAAUCCUCAAAAUUUGAUUAUUUUAAUUAUUGAAAAAGAACAUAUACUUUUACAAAUUGCUGCAUAUUUUGAAGCUCAUAAAGUCGAUAAUGUUUUGUUAUUAAGUAAUGAAUUUCUUUAUGAAACUGAUUUUAACAAAUUUAUUAAAGAAUUAACUUCAACAAUUGAUUGUUUAACUGCUUGUCUUUAUGACUCAGAUGCCAAAGGUUUACAAUCUGUACUUAAAUAUGCUGAUUCUAUUAUAAAUCUUAAAUAUAUUAAUAUAAUUAAUCCUUUAUAUGAAGAUGGAGAUGAAGAUAUUGAUAAACCAAAAUUUAAUAAAUUAAUGAAACUUUCAUAUUCAAAAAAUAAAAAUAUUGCUAAAGUGGCAAAAUCAGUUGUUGAGAAAAAACACGGAAUGACUUUAGAAUGUCAUAUUAAAUUCGAAGUUUAUCUUCAUCAAUUAAUUAUGUCAUCUGAAUUUGCUGAUUUGAAAAAUUCUGAUUGUAAUUCUAUUGAUUUAGUCCUUCCAGGGUUAGAUGAAAAUUAA